AUGGGUGAGGCAAUGUUUAUAUCAGAUCGUGAAGAAAUGUUGGUCUGUGUAGCAUCACUGAAUACUUGGUCUGUACCCUCUGUGGAGAAGAUAGCAUCACUUCGUCUGGGAACGAUUUUAAUCGUGAAUUAUGGUCAAAAUCCUGAUCUUGAGAGUGCCUGCGCCGCCAACCUCUGCUUCCCAGGUGUAAGCUGCAUAGACACAUAUAACGAGACCUGGUACAUCUGCGGCAGUUGUCCUCCGGGUUACUACGGUGAUGGACAGACCUGUACUAAACUGCAGUGCCCGAGCGGGUACGCGGGCGACGGCGAGACGUGCGGCCCCGACAGCGACCAGGACGGCUUCCCCACCCGCGGGCUGGCCUGCGCCGAGCCCGGCUGCGUCCAAGACAACUGCCCGACGUGGCCCAACUCUGGCCAGGAGGACGCCGACGGGGACGGCCUCGGCGAUGCGUGCGACGACGACGCCGACGACGACACCUUGGAAAACGAUGUGGACAACUGCCCCCUCGUGGCCAACCUCGGCCAAGCUGACGGCGACGGUGACAGCGUGGGCGAUGCCUGUGACAACUGCCCCGCCCUCGCCAACUCGGAUCAGGGCGAUGCUGACGGCGACGGUGUGGGCGACGCGUGCGAUCCUGACAAGGACAGUGACGGUGUAUUAAACGGCGCUGACAACUGCCCGGUAGUUUCCAACACCGACCAGCUUGACACCGACGGCGACGGACUGGGCGACGCGUGUGACAACUGCCCGUCUGCUGCCAACGCGGACCAGGCAGAUGCGGACCAGGAUCUCGUCGGUGACGCCUGCGACACUGGCAUAGACACGGACAUGGACUCCGUCCAGGACAGCCUCGACAACUGCCCGAACGACGUCAACAGCGACCAGGGCGACGCAGACGCAGACGGCGUGGGCGAUGUGUGCGACUCAGACGCCGAUUCCGAUGGCAUUCUCGGAGCGUUCGACAACUGCCCGCUCGUGCCCAACGUCGACCAGGACGACAUGGAGGGCGACGGCGUGGGCGACGCAUGCGCACUCGACUUCGAUGGCGACGGCCACCUCGACGCCAACGACAUCUGCCCCAAGAACGGUGCCAUUUUCGAGCAGGACCUAGGGUCAGUUCCGCCUCCAGCUCAGCAUGAAACGAACAUGAUUAAUGAAAGUGAUAUGACCUUUGCUGAAGCGCCGGGCCGUGAUAUCGCCUUCUAUAAACUAUUAGACCUGCAGGAGCUGUUGAUGGACGACCCAGCGUCCUACGACCCGGCCAACUGGGUCGUUUGGGCCAAAGGAUCGCAGAUCCAGGAGACGUUGGAAUCUGACCCAGCGGUGGCUUUAGGUGAGGGGAUGGUGCCUGGCGUAUGGUGCCUGGCGUAUGGUGCCUGGCGUAUGGUGCAUGGUGUAUCGUGUGUGUAUUUGCUCUAUGGUGGCUGUUGUAUGGUGUAUCGUGUGUGGGGUUUGCUCUAUGACUGGUGUAUGGUGCUUGGCGCAUCGGUGUGA